AAAGCGAGUGAGGAGGGGCAGAUGGUUAUUAUAGCAGUAAUAACCUCCCCACUACCCCAGCCUGCCUGGUCAGUCCGCAGUAUACAACAUGAAGACCUGAACCACCAGCCGGUCGGCCCACCUGCCUCACUGUUCCUGCAGUGCUUUUCUGAUGUGGAUCUGAAAUUAGCAUGGCGUGUGUGAAGGUUUACUUGUGCUCCAACCCAGAGGACUCUGUGGUGGAGAGGAAGUUUCUGAGAGUGAACGUGUUCCCCAAACUGAGGGACCACUGCAGACGCACGCAUGGAGUGGAUUUCAAGGUCAUUGACCCCUAUGAGGGGAUGGACUCAGGUAGCUGGCCAACGCAGAAGGUGCGACUGCAGUUAAUUGAAGAGUGCAGGCUGAAUUCGCUGGGGCCUUUCUUUGUGGGCCUGGUGGGUGAAGAGUAUGGUGCUGCGUGUUUACCUGAGCAGGUGGAGCUCUCUGAGUUUCUUAUGUUACUGCAAGUGUGCCAGCAGAUGGGCUUCAGCUGUGAUAUCCUGGAGAAAUGCUACAGGAGAGAUGAGAACACUGUGCCCCCCUCGUUCUGCCUGCUCAGCCAGCCAGCGCGGUCAGUGGAAGACGGUGACUGGCAUGAUGUGCUUGUGAAAGGGAGGAAGAUCAUACGUGAUGUUGUGACACAGUGUGUUCUGGAGGGUGACAUCCACCCAGAAAAAGCUCAGAAAUAUUUCAGGUCCAGUCUUGAGAAUGACCUCCGCUUCACACUGGAAGGUCGUUCGCCUGCAGAUAUCAAGAGAUGUCUUUGUUAUGUUAAUAAAACAGCUAAAGAAGCUGACCAGAAGAACAAAGGAAAUGAACCACAUUCAGGUUUCCAGGCACCUUCAGUCCGACCUUCAGACCUCCACUUCGCACUGGAAGGCCGUUCACCUGCAGAUAUCAAGGGAUGUCUUUGUUAUGUUAAUAAAACAGCUAAAGAAGCUGACCAGAAGAACAAAGGAAAUGAACCACACGCAGGUUUCCAGGCACCUUCAGUCCGACCUUCAGACCUCCACUUCGCACUGGAAGGCCGUUCGCCUGCAGAUAUCAAGGGAUGUCUUUGUUACGUUAAUAGAACAGCUACAGAAGCUGACCAGAAGAACAAAGGAAAUGAACCACACACAGGUUUCCAGGCACCUUCAGUCCGACUGAGGCAACUGCUUGAUGACUUCCUACCAAACAUGGUCCGAACACAAAGGGCCCUCGUCUACACCACCACCACAGAGUACGAUGGUCAGCAAAGCUAUGCGGAAGAUUUAGGCCAUCAGCUCUACUCAGAUCUUCAGAAGCUCAUAGACCGCUCUGUUGUGAGGGAGAAAGAUCAAACACAUGAUGUAUUAUCCCAGCAGAGAGACCUGUGUCACACCUUUUCUUGUCUCUACAAAAUCGAGCGAGAGGAGGUCACGCAUGUCAGAGCUUACUUGGAGCAGGACACAAAACAUCCAUUCAUUCUGACUGGUGGUCCAUGCACAGGCAAAAGUGUGUUUUUGGCUCACUGUGCAAAUCAGAUAAAAACAUGGAUGAAGGACCAGGAUCCCGUGGUUAUUGUGCAAUUUUCAGAUUUGAACAGCUCUUUGAAACAAAGUCUCAGCAGCAUAUGCCAUCAGCUUGCUUUAAGCUACAAUCAGCCAUACAACAUCUGUCCCAAGGACAUAUUUGAAUUGAAAGAAACUUUCAACAAUCUGCUGACCACAAGCUCAUUGUCCUCAAAUCACCUGAUCCUUAUUAUAGAUGGACUUGACCAAGUGCCUAAUACAAAUGUACCACUAGACUUGACCUGGCUUCCCAAGACUUUACCCUCUAAUGUAAAGCUUUUCAUCUCUUCUACACCAACAAAGUCUGGGUUGCUCUCAGCACUCAAGGGAUGUUACCCCGAGUCUUCCUUUUUCUUCGAGUUAGAACCAUUAGAUAGUAAAAGCUGCAACCGGAUGCUGAAAACUCUCCUCCUCUCAGCUAACAGGAAGAUAACAUCAGGUCAGCAGAUGUACGUAAAUCAAGUCUUUAAGAAAUGUUCUCUUCCCUUGUAUAUGGAGCUCCUACACAGACAAGUGUGUUGCUGGGGCUCAGAGUUAGAGAUUACCUCUGAAACGUUGGUGCCAGGGGUCCAUACCAACAUUGGUCGGUUUUUAGACCACCUUGAGGAGAAGCACGGAAAAGUGUUAGUUAGCAGAGCGGUACAAUGUCUCACCCUGUCCAGACAUGGUUUGACAGAAGCUGAGCUGACUGAUAUUCUUUCCUGUGAUGAUGAGGUUCUAUCAACUUUCAUUCCAGUGGAUUACGCUGUGCCGUAUAAGUUAAGGGUUCCGGAAGUUGUGGUGGAGAGGCUACUGUUAGACCUGAAAGGAUUUCUAAUGGUAAGGAGAACUUCAGGCACCAAGACAUUGUUCUGGGUCAGCAGACACUUUAACUUAGUGAUCUGUAAAAGGUACUUGUCUUCAGACGAGCAAAAGAAAAUGCAUACCUUGUUGGCGAACUAUUUUAGUGGCCGGUGGUCAUGUGGUACAGCUAAGCCAUUGAUCAUCAUUGGAAGGUCUAGCAUGAAAAUGCUUAACCCCAACAAAGAUUUGAAGAUUUAUAUGGACAGGCAGGUUCCUGGGCAACCUUGGAUGUUUCAACCCCUCACAUCCAUUCUUCCUGCGUGCGAUUCAUCCGAGAAUGCACAUCCCAAUCUGAGAAAACUGCAGGAGCUGCCUUUCCAUCUAAUGCAGAGUGGCAGUAUUGAGGAGCUUGGUCACAUUAUGCUCUCACAAGAGUUCCUUCAUGCAAUGUUCCAAGCAAUGUUGGCAGAAGAGUUGAUAUUUUGGCUAGAGAAGACAUCUCAGAAAGUAUUUCCCAGGGAACUUAGACUUCUUGCUACGAUCCUGAAAACCUCGACCUGUUGGCCGAAAAACUCCUUUGAAGACUUAGCACUGAUAAUGCAGACCAAGCUGUUCCCUUUCAUAAAUGUUUUCCCUGAGUUAGAGAAAUUUGUCCACCAGGCAAGACAUGACGGUAGCAUGAAAAGCACUGGGGUGAAUACAAUAUUAUUCCCAACAUCCUCUGUGCCUGCCACUCACUGGGUACCACCAGAGGCAGAUGUAUCCCCAAUUAUAAAGGCAGCUGUAUCUCAGUUUGGGUCUGCGGUGGUGAUUCGGGACAAUGGUUCUGCCUGGGUCUGGAAUGGAAGUGAUUCAGAAGGUUUCAGACUCUCCCAAUCUUCUGAAUUCCAGUUUGCGGAUGUUAGAUGCUCUGCAAAUGUAUUUGUACUCUCCACACAGAGUGGCAAAUUCCUUUUAUGGGACACCAAUGCUCCUUCACAUCUCCAGGAAGUUCAGACCGAAUGCACAGAACAAGGCCAGAACACCAUUGAAGGUAUCUUGGUGUGCAAUGGCAAGAUAUUUGCGUUCUCCCAUGGAAGGAGAUUCAUCAGGGUGUUUGCUGAGGGAAUAGAAGUUACCCCAUUGCAGUGCUCCUCUGAGGUAACAUGCAUGUCAUGUUCUGAGGAUGGCCACUUGAUUUUUUGUGGUCAGAAUGAGGGUACCGUGAGUAUAUUUGACUCCCAAACUGGCCAACCAUUGGCCUCCUUCAUGUGUUCAACAGGAAUGUCCUUGUUUGAUCUUAUCUUCCUUGAAAAUGGAGAGACAAUAACAUGUGUUGACAGUACCGGAAGUGUGUUUGUAUGGGACCUUGAGAUGAUAACCAAUCCAGUACUCAUUAAAGAGAGCUUGAGUUGUACCAAGGAGGAAGUGUUAAGUACCGACCACUCUGAGAACAACCUUCUCCUCAUCUGUAAAAGACAUCAGAUCCAAAUAAUUGCUGGAUAUGUUUUAGAUGUAGUAGACAAGUUCAAUGCACUGAAUGGCAAAACCUUUGUGCAAGCCAUUUUGGAUCCUGAUGCACACUUCAUCUUUGCUUUAAUGAAUGACUGCCCAUUUCUUUUGGUCUGGAACAGGGUCUCGGGUCAAUGCAUGUUAAGCCUAGACACUAGAAGCACCCAAGCUUUCAAACUUACAAAGCUCAGGGACUUUCCUUACCUUACAGCUGUCACAAGCAGGGGCAUUGUUAGUUGGGACAUGGAUCUCAUUUCGGUGGCAGCUUCCACUCCAAAAUCUGAUGCAAAAGUGGUGAAAGUUGUUGUGGAACCCCUUGGGGAACACUUCUACACUGCAGAUGGUUCUAAGCUGGUGUGGAGGUGGACAGUGUCAGAUGGAAAACUGGAGAGCCACUUGCUUCACCAUGGUCCUGUGGAAGCCAUGGUUCUCUCGGUUGAUGGUGCACACUUGGUGACCAUUGCCUCAGGUGACAUUUACGUCUGGAACACCUGUACAAAGGAGAACGUUCACAGAAUCUGUUUUAGCCAAGCAUCUCAGAUACUGCUAACUCCAAAAGGCAACUUUGCAGUGUCUCUAUCUGAAACGGGUAUAUCGCGGGUGUGGAAGUUGUGCAGCGGACAUGUGAUUUGCAGCAUCCAUCAUCAUCUCAGAGAUGCUGUCAUCUCACCAGAAAGUACUUUCCUUCUGGGCAUCAAUGGAGGGGAUCUCCUGGCUGUGAGUCUUUGGUCUGGUUACAUCAGCAAACAGUUCUCCAGUUGUGAAUGGUCAGAGGUUGUGGCCUUCCUCCCAUUGUCAGAUCAUCCAGACUAUGUGAUUGUAAUGACCAGUUCAGGAGCAUUGUACUCAUGGAAGCUAACGGAAGAGACCGUUUGCCACCAGUUCCAGUUCCCAGAGUCUUUUAAGUAUCCACGACAGUUCCUCAAGCUCUCAUCUGAUGGAAGUUAUGGCAUUGUAUCUGUAGCUGAAUCCAAGAUAAACAUCUUGGACGUGUACCAUGGCAAACUGUGCUCUUUGAAUGCUGAGGGACAAGUCUGCCAAUCGUUUGUAGACAUUAGUCGUAAAUAUGCAGUCUACGUCUGCAACCCUUCAGUGAGGUGUCAGAAUUACUCUUGUGACUUCCAUAACAAGGAGGUCUUGGUUGCCAUACGAGUAACAGAUGGGAAGAGAGUGAGCAAGUUCUACCUCUGUAAAACCCCCUCAGUUGUAGUUCUUUCUGAGGAGUUACAUGUGUAUGUUGGCUUUGAGGAUGGCUCUGUUGGAGUGUAUGCUAUUAAUGACCCGGAUGGCGACACCAUUUCCAGGCCCAAAUGUGAGAGCUUGGGACUGGUGUGUCCAUUUGAUGAACCUGAGAUUUGGCCAAGCUUGGCAAACCCUGACUUUACUUGGGUGGAAGUGGCCUCUGAAAGAAUGUAA